UAAUGUGGCCGUGUUUGAAACUYAGACACUUAGAGGAGCGCCUUCAGUGUAUCUCGUCGUUUGAGAAACCAAAAAUUUUGUUAGAACAGUAUGUUACCCCGGCCCAUUUGGGGUCACACAUGUUGUACACCAUUCAGUCGCAAUAUGGGGACCUUAGGGGGAAGUUUGUGGCUGAUUUGGGUUGUGGGUGUGGGGCUUUGGCAAUUGGGGCCGCAGUCUUGGAUGCAAGCUUAGUUAUUGGCUUUGAAAUUGACGAAGAUGCACUAGAAACUUUCCAGGAAAAUGUCGAAGACCAAGACGUUAGUAACAUAGAUUGUGUACAGUGUGAUGUAAUUAAAAUGAUGCCAAAUAGAUUCCAUAAAAUGUUUGAUACAGUCAUUAUGAAUCCUCCUUUUGGUACUAAACAUAACACCGGCAUUGAUAUGAAAUUUCUAGAAGUUGCGUUCCUCCUCUCUAAUCAUGUUGUCUAUUCUCUACAUAAAACUACAACUAGGUCACAUGUCUUAAAAGUCGCUGAAUCUUUUGGAGCUAAAGGCGAAGUAUUGGCAGAAUUACGUUACGAUUUACCGUCUACGUAUAAGUUUCAUAAAAGAAAAUCUAUGGAUAUUGAAGUGGAUUUUUUUAGAUUUCAGGUCAAAUGAACAGUUGUCAAAUUUUUUAACAAUAUUUUGAAUAAAAUCUUGUUCGACAA